AUGCUCUUUCACCCAGCCAUAGCAGCAACAAUUCUUGCGCUUCUAGGUACUUCAAAACGUUAAAUUUGAGUUUGCGACGAUGUAAAGCACUAAUAAUGUUUUCAUUGACAAGAACCCUUCCAUGAUGGAAAGUUCCAUCCUCCAUUAACAACUUCAGAACGUUCCCAUUUUUGAAACUCGCGCAACAAUCAUCGAACUUUACUAAUGAAAGUCUUCGCGGACUGUCUGUUUAUUUAUUUCUCUGAGACAGAUAAAGAAAGAAUAAAAACGUGAACUUCCAGACAAGCGGUGAAACCGCUUACGAGCGUUAGCUCAGCCCACGCGCAGGCCCAGGUACGGGAAGUCUUGUUUUGUUUUACUAUUAUACAUGCAAAGUUACCGGGCAACGAAAAAAGAAAUGGACAGACUGUUAGGUUUUUAUUAAAUAAGAACGAUGAUGAUUAUGAUGACUUCUACCUUCGUAAUUCCACGUGAACUUAAAAAGCAAUGUGGAGGUUUAAGGACGGUACCUUCAGAUUCCACUUUCAUGCGCGCGGCACUUACAACAAUCUAUGCAACUCGGCGAGUUGUUCUGAGAGGUGAAAUUUUCGGUGUUCACAGGAUGAAAUACAUUUUUUCAGGUUUGCUUCUCAGGCGAGAGUGUUCAGCAUUUUCUGAUCGUAAGCACUACGAAUGUACUUCACCAAAGCACAAAGAAGAACUCGAUAAGUGUUAUUCCCGCUUAGAUUUGUCUUUCGAAAAUACGAAGGAAGCAUUCAAAGUUGCAAAUAACCUAUAUUUCGAAAAUUCUAUCAAUGAUUAUAGAGUAAGACAAAUUCCGAACUUAUCCGAUCCUUACUUGUUCUGAAACUAUGUGGAAUUAAACUUCUCGUGGAUCAAAACCAGAUUAUACUGGCAACCAUGCGAAGAGUACUCGGAAAAAACUUGUUCAAGAAAACUCUCAAGAAUACAUUCUACGGCCACUUCGUUGCCGGAGAAACGGAAGAAGAAGUUCGACCAGUCGUAAGCAAACUACGGCAGUUCGGAGUCAAAUCAAUUCUUGACUACUCUGUUGAGGCCGACAUAACUAGCCAAGAAGCUACGAAUAAAACUGUGAAAGGAGCUUCGGAAGCAACGAUAAAAUCAACUGUAUGUUUGAAGUUCACGAUUUAUAAUUUUGGAAGUCAAAAAACUAUGCUAGAGUUAUCAUUUUCAUCAUUCUUAUUAAUUAGACUGACGUGUCGACACGAUAAUCGACAAAAUUUUGGGUCGAAACACAGCCUGAAUAACCCCAUAAUGUCGAUAGAAUACUUAUCGACAGUCCGCGCAUUAUUCGGUGAUCGAAAUUACUUUUGUCGACAAUGUCGACUUAAGUUGGUCCGACUUUUAUCGACUUUUCGACAAACUCUCAAGUCGACACUUCACUCUAUUAAUAAAAGUCUUGAGGAGGAUAUCCGUCUGAAAUUAAGAAAUUAAAACGUGACCUUUCGAACGGUUAUGAGAACGAAACAAGCGGUGAUCCGCUUUCGAGCUCGGCCCGCUUGGCGAGCCCAGGUUUCAAAAGUCUUGUACAAGAUAUACGAGAGUUAUAGUACAGUAGGCAUUUAAUUCGGAGGGUACAAAAAUUAGGGGGUACAAGAGGGUACAAAUUGUUUUGGGGUACAAAAAGUCGAGGGUACAAAAUUUUCGAUUCUAGGGUACAAAAAUUUACCGAUUCAUUAGGCAUUAAUUAAGGGGUACAACUUUUAUGAUUGAAGGGUACAAAUUUCACGAUUUUGGGGUACAACAAUUUUUUCCCCAUUUUUUCAUGGGCAUCAAUUCAGUGAAUGUUUUUAGUUGUUUCACAAAAUUUUUUUACUCCCUGAAUGUUUUGUACUCCGAACCGCUUGAUCAGUUCCAGAGAUGUUUUUUUAAAAUGAGAUUUCAUGAGACCCUUCGAAGCGUUUUUGCUUCCGAUAGACAGUGGUUCAAACGGCGACCCCGAAAGACUUCGAGCCUUGGGUCUGAUGAAAUGUCUAGUUGAAACUUAGACAGCAUAAUAAUUGUAAGAUAAGCGAUGUGAGAGGAACAACAAGGUAGACAAAUCAAUUUAUUGGAGAAAAACUAGCGAAAAAUAACACAGUUAAAAAUCAACAGAAGAGCCAAUGGCAAAAUGCGAACCGUGAGCCGAGCAAUGUAUAUUUUAAGAAGAUGUGAAAAUCAUUCGAGAAAAUCAUUCGAAAUCAUUCGAAAAUCAUUCGAGAAAUCAUUCAAAAAUAUUCGAAAAUAAUGCGAUAUGUAUUUUCAGGGCAAGUAGAUGCUAAAUUGACAAGCAAAAUGGAAAUAGAGUGAAAUUGUUGAAAAUAAAAAUGAAAAUUCUAAUAUUCAAUUUAAAACGAAUGAAAAACUGCUGAGAACUUCAAUUUCUAAAAAUUCCAAAUAAUUUUUAGGAUUGUUUGAGGGCCGCGCGAGGCUCGCGGGUCUCGCUGCGAAAAGAGAAAACUAGUCCGCGGAUUGCGCGGCCACAAAAAAAAAUUAAUUUUUUUCCCUAAAUUACAAUGUUUUUACAGCGUUUUAACUCGUUUUGCUAUAAAAAUCCGUAUUUAUCUGUGUCAAAUUUCAACAAUUCACUUCAUUUUUAUGCGAAUUUCGCAGCAACUUGGCCUAAUUCACUAAUUUCUUCUUGAAAAAAAUUUGUUAUGUUCCGAAAUUUAAAAAAAAAACACUUUGAAGAAUAGACAGACACCUUUCGUUGGUUUUCAGGGCACUCGGACAAAUGACUACUCAGGCUGAUAAUGAAGACGGCUCAGGUGAUUCAGAACAAGAUCAAUUCUGGAUAACAGGGCCGAUCUUCAAAAGUUUCAAUGUGAAGCGCAUUAAAAAUAUUGUUGAGCAGUGGUACAGCUUCGUCUCAAUUCAGUUGCAUCAGUUUUGAUUUCAGCGUUAACCUCGUUGAUCCGAAACUGUUUCAACUACCAGUUUUUGAAACCCCGUGUAUCAAGUUCGCUAAGUUCUCGUUCACAGAUAUCGACGACAAUCUGCCCUGGUGGAAAGCAGAGAAUGGUAAUUUCGUUACUUGAAAUUUAUAGACAAGAACAACUAACAAAACAUUUUAGGAAAGAGGCAGAGGCCACGUCCGAGAACUGUCACGGUAGGUCUCACACAAUACAAGUACUAUAAUUGUGUGUCUCCUUUCCUACCUGAUUUUAAGAAAUAUGUAAGUUUUAUAUCAAUGAUUUCCCCGUAAAAGUGUGCUCACAGGUUGCUUUCGAUGCCGACAAAUCUUAUGUUGUGUUAGUCUAUCUUUCCACAUCAGGAACAGUGGACUACUCGGCACUUGAAGCGUGCCGGAAGCCGAAGAUAAACGGUACCGACUCCAUGAGUUAACAUGAGAAUGACAGUAUUUCCGAUGUUUCAGAAUUUAUGAAAGUUUCGAUGCAUGACGCGCUGGAUGGAAGAAGCGUGAGAGAAGCUCAUCGUUAUCUUCAAGCGCGCUCAAUCAAUGUGAAUGAGCAACAAGUAAGAUUAUGAAUAUGAUUUGUCCCAACGAAUUCUUUUCCAGGUAAGAAAUCAAUUGAAAUAUCAGCCUACCGCCAUAAAGUCGAAAAGAGGUAGAGGUUGUGUAACAACCCCCGAGAGUUUGGCCCAACUUAGUCAUUUAGAUGGAGUUUCCACUUUUACCAGUAGUCAGUUUGCUAAUUUUGAAGGCUUUUGCAUGAGCAAUCCCAACUAUACCACUCAUAAUUUCAGAAAAAGAGUUUUGUAUAGCUUAUGUCGACUUGGACUUAAUCGGCGUUCUGAUUAAAUGUCUACCAUCCGCAGAAGCGGUUGCCGUGUUUAGAGAGUCACUCACCGGAUUUAAUUCCUGGACCGAAUCAGAGUUAUCCGAAUUUUGUGGUAAAACGCGUGUCAAAUAAUUUCAAUGCGAUGACAUUUCAGAAAGACACGCGGCUAAUGCAAACAGUGGAAUCAUCAAAACUAUGGCCGGUCAAAUUCAGAUCGAUAGCACAUUCGACUUAUCUGAUAUGGUUGUGACCACUAUUUCAGCUGAUCUCAGUUGUUAUCUGUAUGUUUCACUAUUGAGAAUAUUGAUUUAAAAUUACCAACACUUCAGAACUAAAUCGAGCGGAAAGAUGAGACAUUCCAUGAUUGCAUUCAUGCUAAGCCCAUCAAAAUGUGCGGAAAAUCACGCCGAAUUCGCAAGGAUUUUGAAUCACACGUUUAUAUCUUGCGAUAUUUCAAAACAGAAAUCUGUUCCAUCAUUAAUCACCGACGGAGAAUCUGGCUUCAAAAGUUACACCAAGGUUACCCAUGGUACAAAUGGCAUGCAAUCUAAGUAUACUUUUCAGAUCGAAUACUUUAGUGAUGCGCAAAUUCUGCGUUGUCUUGUUCACCGCAGAAAAAAUUACGAAAUAGUCAACAAAAAGUUUGCAAUAACGCAGAAGGAGAAAGAGUUCGUGUUUGGAGUGGAUGUCAGUGUCGUGAUACAAUGGGAAGCAGUAUUUCAUAUUUUUUCAGAAAGGAGACGGUGUUGUGGAAGGAGGGAUUUUUAAUGAAGUUUCGCGCGAAAAAAUGAUCCGUCUUAUCGAAUCUUCGAGCAUUGAUAAAGAAAGAAAGAAAUGGCUACUGGAUAGAUCCGAUUCGCUCUAUGAGACUAACUCAUUGCAAAGCCGCCUGAGAGCAGGAUUGCUUCUCAACUAUUCGACAACUAAUAGAACGGAAUGCAUUAAUUCCAGAUUGAAACUUGAAUUCCAGAGAAAAACAGACGGUAAAUCAUGUGCGGAAAAGCUGAUCAAGUUUAUAGAUGGUACCAUCCUUUUUAAUUUACUCGCCUAAAAUCACUUUUUUAUUUCUCAGCUGAAAAACGGGAGAUGUGCAAGGCGAUUUUAGACGACAACAGCGCAGUCAUUUCGUUCGUCAACCACACCAGCUGCAGAAACGCGUCAGCUGAAAGACGAGGAUGCAAACUUUUAGAGUGUGGACUCAAAAACAUGUCCUUGCUGUUUAUCAUGGAAAUUCCAAGCUCUUUUAGCACACUGUAUAUAUAUAUAUAUAUUUUGCUAGAUUCUUAAAAUUUACUAAUGUUCUCUUGCAGUAGUCAGUGGAAUAAGCGCGAAGAGUGUGUUUAAAAGGAAGGUUAUCUUUGUUACUGACGAAGAAGCGGCAGUGGAAGAAGAUAAAUCACGAUUCGUACGAGUCAAAUUAGAAGAUGACUGUUAUAAAUGUGGUGAUAAGAAAUGCAGUUCCAAAAGCGACAAUUUAUGCGUUCACAUGUUUGUUAUUGACUUCAAAUAACCAAUCAAGACGCAUUAUUUUUCAGUCUGGCCAUUCUCAUGAAAAUGCCGACGAACCGUUCGAAACUCAUCUACAAAAAUAUGGAAGACCGUAUGAAUCUGAGGACACGGAAAGAAAUUUCCAGAGGUCUCAAUGAUGGAAAAGCAUCGAAGAGAUUUCCCGGCCGACAGUAUUCUACUCAAUCACAUUCGAACGGGAGCCGAACUGUUCAUAGGUUAGAGGGAUUCUUCUCAACUUCUCGUAAUGAUAGUUUCAGUUUUGUGCCUUCCGCUCCUCGGCCUUCGCCUUCAUCUGUCACCGAUCACGCAGAUAGUGACGACAGAACCAUCGGAAAAACAAGUUCAGAAAAGAGCAGAGCGGAUUCGGUCGCUUCCAGCGAUUCAAAUGAAUACGCACUACUCAAUACUUCUAAUGCGUCGGCCGUUGUCCAUCCAGAACUCUCUUUCAACGAACUUGAUGCAACGCCGGAUUUCGAUGUGUCUCAAUUAUCGUCUUCGGACGUUCAACUGCAUGAAACGCUUGCCUCCACCGACAGCUCCGACAGAGAAACACGUUCAAAGAGUGAAAAACGACGUGUCAAAGCGGAUUCGGUCGCUUCCAGCGACUGUGAAGGAUACUCGCCACUCAAUUUAGAGUAAAAAAACAAAAAAAUAAUAACAGAAUAAUUUCUUUUUUUCAGAAAAAAAGACGAAAAAUUGAGACGGUUUCAAUCUGAACUUCGAAUCGAAAAGAGUCGCGGAUCGCCAGUUCAAAGGUAAUAUAUUCAAGUUACGUACCCUCUGGUUACACAUGUUCAUAACGGCACAAUGAGGUUGAACAUUUACUGAAUUGAACUCUCUUUGCAGAACUCAACGGAAACGAGUGACGAAAAGAUCGUUCAGUCCGACUUGAUGCACACGAAGAGUUUCUAAUAUUUUCAUUGUUUUGUUUUUUUUAGUGUUCUCUAAUUUAAUCUCUCUUCUAUAUUGAUCUCUUUUCUUUAUUUAUCCUUGUUCAUUUCUGCGCUCAUUUUUGUUUUUUUUUAGUCUAGGUUGAUUCUUUGUUAUUUAUUACUUACAAGUUGUUUUGCUGUUUUGGCCCCUUUAAAUUCUGCAAUUUCACAGCAGAAUUUCAGCAUCUGAUGUUGUGUGUGAAAUUUACCCAAGUAAAGAUUGUUUCUCGAAAUGACACAAAAUACUGCAUAAAACAAAGCAUGGCUACACACGACUGUGUCUCGUGAGCUCUCAAAAAUUCAAAACUGGAAUGAAAACUUCGAAAAUGUGCUCCGUGCAACUUUUGUACCCCAAAAUCGUGAAAUUUGUACCCUUAAAUCAUAAAAGUUGUACCCCUUAAUCAAUGCCUACUGAAUCGGUAAAUUUUUGUACCCCAGAAUCGAAAAUUUUGUACCCUCGACUUUUUGUACCCCAAAACCAUGAAAUUUGUACCCCAAAACAAUUUGUACCCUCUUGUACCCCCUAAUUUUUGUACCCUCCGAAUUAAAUGCCAGUACAGUAUAAGGCGGUACUUAUUUCAGGCAAUGACACCAAUAGUAGAUCCAAAGACGAUCGACACAACACGGGAACGGUACACUGUACACGAACAAUUUGGAGAUCGGCGACAGGGAGUAGCUAGUGCCAGGUUAGUGACGCGUAUGGACAACAGAAUUUCGAUUCCAUGUCGUCACUGGAUAAGCGGAUUCUUAUCUGUCGCAAAUUCAAUACAGUAACAUGAAUACUCUUCUUUAAAUUUAGAACAUAUUUCUAUGACGGUGAAGAGGAGUGUGACAAAAAUCGGGACAUCUUCAAGGAUUCGAUCAACGCUGUGUCGACAACGUCCAAUGGUGAAGGAUUUGUGGCCGUGAAAAUCACUGCGUUGGGAAGACCACAACUCUUAUUGAAAUUAUCAGAAGCAAUAGUCCAAACUCAAAACUUCUUUAAGGCCCUCACAGGCGAAGGAAGUCUACAAGAAGGUAGACUGAACGAGAAACAGUUCACUAAACGACUACAGGUCUGUUGAAAGUCUGAACAUUCAAAUCGAAAUUUUCGUUUUCAAAUAUUUUAAUAAACAGCUAGUAAGUUGCUUUUUUAGGAUCUCGGUGUCAAAACAGACUCUUUAUCUGCACAAAAGUUCUUCCACGAAGUAGACUUUGACUCAGAUGGAAUUGUUGAUUUGCACGGAUGGAAUCAUAUUCUGGAUGAUCAUGUGAAAUUGGGCCAACUGUUCCAGGUAAUUAAGUAAGAUCCUCAGGUAACAUUUCAAACUUUCCUUAGCGCUUCUCAAGAGUUGAGUCAAGACAUUCUCAAACUUCCUGAAGGAAAAAAAAACUUUUCCAAGACUUUUUCAAACUUUUCCAAGACUUUCUCAAACUUUUUCAAGAAUUUCUUAAGUGGCGCCUAGAAAAGUUUGAAAUUUUACCUGAAGAUGCGCCUUUCUGAUUAGAGAAUUUUUAAAAACGAAAAACAUUUUGACAGGUUCUCAAUAUAAAAUCAGGACUUCUUGAACCACUUAUCCAGAACCUUUCCAAUGAAGAAGAACAAGAGUUUCGGAAUAUGGUUCGUAGAACACUUGACGUAGCCGAAUAUGCAAUUUCAAAAGGAGUGCGGAUAAUGGUAGACGCUGAACAGACAUAUCUACAGCCUGCUAUCUCGAAAAUUACAAUUGAAAUGAUGAAAAAGUUUUAAUACCAUAAAUUCAUUUACAUGUAUUAAUACGGUUACAGAUACAACAAAACCCAAGGCAAUGUAUUCAACACUUAUCAAGCUUAUUUGAAAAGUACUCUUCAAAAUAUGGAAGCGGAUAUGCAAGUUGCUAGAAGAGAAGGAUGGCACUUUGGAGCUAAACUUGUUCGAGGAGCUUAUAUGGAACAGGAGAGAGCUCGGGCAAAAAUAAUUGGAUAUGAAGACCCAAUCAAUCCUGAUUUUCAAGUUAGUCUUGAAAAUAAAAACGUCUGGUUUAAGUUAUUGUUUAAAAGGCAACAACCAAAAUGUACGAAAAUUGUCUUACGCGUAUUGCUGAUGAAGUAAAUCGUCGUGGAAAAGGCAAUGUAUCGGUGAUGAUUGCUAGUCAUAACGAAGAAACAGUUAGAUUUGCCGUGAAUCUCAUGAAAGAGAGAUGCAUUGCUCCUUCUGAACGUGUCAUGUGUCUAGCGCAGCUGUACGGAAUGUGUGACCAGGUAAUUUGAUGAUUAUUUUUGCUUUUCAUUCUAUAAAUUUAGGUGUCGUUCUCAUUGGGACAAGCAGGAUUCUCGGUUUACAAAUACUUGCCUUACGGUCCAGUGGAAGAAGUUCUACCAUAUCUUAGUCGACGAGCGCUGGAGAAUGGAUCUGUUUUGAAAAAAGCAAACAAAGAGCGAGAACUACUCUGGAAAGAACUGAAACGUCGAAUCUCAAAUCUACACUCUAACAGCGAUGCCUAA